CAGUUCGUUUCGCUCGUGUGAAACACAUGCCAUGUAAACAACAUUCACAUUUCGCUUAUAUGCUCACUCCUUGAUGUAGUUAACUAUUGUUUUAUGUGAAAUUGUAAAUGUCUGGAAGUUGUUGUGCAGGUUGGAUAUCAAAAUGCUCAUGUAUCUACAUUUAAACUUGAUUAUUUUUGGAUGGGUGUGUCCUGCAACAUUUUGCAAAAGUCCACCUACCUCAGAUACAUUGAAGGGGCUUGAUCCAGGGCAAGGGGAUGGGAGGACAUCCCUACCUGGCCGACCAGCCGGCCCGCCGCUGACGGACGAUGACGACCUGACGCUGGCCCACCGGCGGGCGCAGGCCACGGCGCCGCCGCCGGCCGCGCCCAACCGCACCGUCAUGCACUUUGUGCGCGAGCCGCACAGUCAGCUGGUGGCCAACGGUGCGCGCGCAGAGAUGACCUGCCAGGUCAGCGUCUCAGGCGUGACCAUCCAGUGGCUGCGCGCCGGCAAACCGGUGGAGACCAACCGCCGCAAGAUCGUGCGCGCCGAGGACGGGGCGCUGGUGAUCACCAAGGUGCGACGCAACAAGGGCGACGACGGCACCUACCAGUGCAAGGUGCUCUCGGACGCCGGCGCCAUGCUCUCCCAGCCGGCCAAGCUGACCAUUGCCAGUAUUAAAAGGAACUUCAGCGUGUGGCCGUCGGACCAGAGCGCUCCGGCCGGCGGCGUGGCCGUCCUGCGUUGUGUGAUCGACUCUGUACCGCCUGCGCGCAUCGAGUGGAUGAGAGACGGAGAGUCGCUGCCCGUGAACAGCUCUGAGCGGCUCUCGGCAGACGUGGCCGGCCAGCUGAGCAUCCGACCCGUCACCGCUGAGGACGCUGGGGUGUACAGCUGCGUGGCCUACAACGACAUAGCGAGCCGGCAGCGCCGGAGCGACUCUGGCACGCUGACGGUGACGGCGCCGGAGACGGAGUCCCGCGCGCCGCGGCUGAUGGGCCCGCCACCGCCCGAGCACAGUGCUGUGCGCGCCAACUACAGUCUGGUGUUACCGUGUGUGGCCGACGGACACCCGCUGCCCAGCGUGCGCUGGACGCGUGAUGACGGUCUGCCGGUGCCGUCCUCUGCAGUAACCAGCGGCGGCAGCCUGAACCUGACCACGGCACAGCUGGCGGACGCCGCCACCUACACGUGCACGGCCACCAACGCGGCCGGCCAGGCGAGCCGGCGCACCACCGUCGAGGUGCUGGUGCCGCCGGUCAUCACCUCGGAGCUGCCGGCGCUCAAGGAGCUGCGGCGCGGCUGGAUGCUGCGCAUGCACUGCACGGCCGAAGGCUGGCCGCCGCCAAACCUCAGCUGGAUCAAGGACGGCCACAGGCUGACGCCGGACGCCACCGGGCGCGUGCGACUCGACGACGGAAAGCUGAGUGUGGCCAACCUGCAGUCAGCGGACUCGGGCAUCUACCAGUGCGUGGCGUACAGCAAGGCCGGCUACACAGCCGUGGCGGUGCACCUGAUCACGGGCUCGGCGUCGCCCUCGAAACAGGUGGAUCCGCCCAGUCAGCUGAAGGUGUCCGAGAUCACCAGUCGCACGGCGCGCCUCACGUGGUCGGUGGAUGAUGACGCGGAACACCUGGCCUACACCAUCCACAUCCGGGACCUGGGCGGAGUGACUCCGGAGAGUCAGCAGGUGGUGGCCGAGAUGACGCACAUGGUGCGCGACCUGCGCCCCUACACCAACUACUCGGUGUACGUGCGCGCCUACUCCACUGACAUGGCCUCGGACCCCUCGGAGACGAUCGAGUUUCGCACGGCAGAGGACGUGCCAUCGGAGACGCCGCGCGUUACUCUGGUGGCCGUGUCGCCCACCGAGCUGAACGUCUCGUGGGAGGCGCUGCCGGCCUCGCUGAGCAACGGCGUCAUCACCGGCUACCGGAUCAACUCCCAGCGGCACAACGACCCGGCCACGGCCUCGAUGGUCGAGGUCGGCGCCGACCGGCACUCGUUCCUCAUCACCGGUCUGGAGCCGGGCCGGGCGUACGACGUGCGCGUGCUGGCCGCCACGCGGGUCGGCUAUCAGAAUGUGACACGCGGCGGCGGCGCCGGUGAGCUUGCCCAGUGGGUACAGCAGCGGAUGCCGGAGCGCAGCCUGACGCCGGUGGACCCGGGCCCGCGGCCGCCGGCCGUCCAUCUGGUGGUCAGCAACCACACCACCAUCCUGAUAUCGUGGGAGAUGCCGGACUCCGCUGACCGCCUGCAGGCGCCGCCGGUGGGGUUUAACGUGCUGUACCGGCGUCAGGACCUGAGCUCCGAGCUGAAGGGACCGAUCCGACUGCCGGCCGACACCUACCAGUACUACCUCACCGACCUGGUUCCCAACACGUGGUACGAGGUGCACGUACAGACGGUGGCGGCCGACUGGCGCACCGCCGAGGCCAUCAAGACCAUCUCCACUCUGCCGGUGGAGGUGGGAGGCGAAUUCGAGCUGGAGCGGCCCGUGCUCGAGCCGCCAGUGGCGCUGAACGCUGAGGCUCUGAACGCCACGGCCGUGCUGUUCAAGUGGCAGCGACCGCCGAGCGCGCGCGCCAUCCAGUACUACACGGUCAAGUACCGACCGAUCAACUCGGACAAGGGCCAGCCGGUGCUGCUGAGCAGCACCGACUCGGAGAUGACCGUGACCCGUCUGCAGCCGUUCACGCUGUACGAGUUUACAGUGCGCAGCCACGACGCCGACAACACGUACGGCCCGUACUCGGAGGGCAAACGAGUCCGUACGCUAGAGGGAGCGCCGUCUCCGCCGCUGAACGUCUCCUGGUUCCCGGUGGACGCGUCCCGUAUCCGCGUCUCGUGGCGGCCCCCGCUGCGGCCGCACGGCCAGAUCGCCGGCUACCGCGUGUUCUACACCCACGACAAGGAUGAGCCGCUGGAGCGCUGGUCCUAUCUGGACAUCCCGGCCAGCUCCGGAACCAAUAUGCAGCUCUCGCAGUUGGUGCCCAACCAGCAGUACUGGCUGCGCGUGCGCGGCCGGACGGCGGCGGCGCCCGGCCAGCUCUCUGAUAUGGUCCGGUUCGAGAUCCGCGCGGUGCUGCAGAGCAGCACGCCCACACCGGCACCGGCCAGCCACGGCACCACUUACACGAUCCUGACCGGCGUACUGCUGCUUGUGGUACUGCUGGCCGGCACGGCGCUGGGCCUAUUCUGCCACCGGCGGCGCCGUCGCCGCGGCCGGCAGCGCUCCUCGGCCGGUGCCGCCUCCCGGCCUCACCUAAACGGAGCAGCCGGCUCCGGCUCCGGAGCGGCCGGCGCCGCCGCCGGCUCCGAUCACGUGGAGAUGGAGGUGCUGACGCCGAUGCUGACACACGUGGCGCCCGCCGCCGAGCACCAGCUGGACACCAAGGGCGGCCACCCGACCACCAAGCCGGCCAACGGGCGCGCCAACGGCUUCGUCCACCCGCUGUACCUGAGCACGGACCGGCUGCGACGCGGCUCGGGGGACGCCCACAACGAGUCGCGCGUCGGCCUCAUCAACAACAACUCGUCCGUACUGAGCAGCGGCAGCGGCACCGCCGGCGGCGGAGAGCCGCCGCCCAGGGGCCGAUUCGAGAUGGCGCACUAG